UUCAGGUUGCAUAUUUUACCAUAAAAACCUUUUUCUUAGUAAAUAAUAUACGACAGGUAAACACACAAAUAAAAAAUUCAAAUAUUCAAAGGAUUUACUUAAAAAAGACAUCUUAUUAAUUGUUGUUCACAUUUCCUUCCUCAAUAUGGCUGGUUCAAUAGACAUUAAACCUGUGAAUGUAUCUGGGCGAACAAUAUCAUUGUAUCGUAAUGGAUUCAGUAGCCCAUCACAACUUUGUAGUCCUGCACCAGUUCGUUCAGGUAAAACUCCAAUCUCACCUGAUCCAAUAUCAGAAACAUGUUCGCCAGUAAGUCCUGAGUGUAGUGAUGAAGAGAAUCGUCGGUUUGUUAUAGGAGAUGUAAAUAUUUUACGACGACGUCACAGUAAACGUAGACCUCACUUAGACGUUCAAUCUACUAACUAUAAUACUACCAUUACUACUACUUCUGAGUUAUUGAAUAACUCAUCGAGUUGUGAACUUGCAGAAAAUUCACAAAGGUCAAUCAGGCAUUCGAAUUCAUUAAAUGUGGAAUUUGUAUACCGUAAAGAAUCUGAUCUUUCUAAUGGACGUUUACCUCGAUUUAUUCGAAUUGAACAAGAUAAAGAAGAUGACGAAUUUCUAUCACGUAUGCACGCCAGACCAUUAAGCAUUGCUGUGGAUGCUAUUUCACAACUUGAUCUAUAUACAGCAAAACUUACGGAUGAUUAUUCCACAAGUACACUCCGACCAUACUCAACGUUUUACAUUGAUGAUAAUGAAUAUGACCACGAAAAACAAACUACUUCUUUGGGUGAAAGCAAAGUAUCGUAUUCUAAUAACAUCAGUAAUAAUGAUUCUCCUAAUAUACAUACUGCAACAAACGAGAUCAUAUUUGUCAAAUCAAAUCAAAUAUCAUCUUCAGAGCAUUCAGAUGUAACAAAUAAUAAUGGUGUUGAAAUCGAUAACUCCCAACACACGCGUAAUAAAGGUUUAAAUAGAGAUCCAUUUCAUCCAGGUGCCCCAGACGUUGAAAAUUCACUUCACCUACCUGAUGAAAUUAAUGAAUUAAAUUCUGAAGGACUAGUCCGUAUUUCCAUCAGACCUGAUAGUCAUGGACGAUUUGGAUUCAACGUAAAAGGUGGGAUCGAUCAUGGAAUGCCGAUUAUAGUUAGCCGUGUCGGUGCUAAUAUGCCUGCUGACCUAUGCAUUCCUAGACUUUCAGAGGGUGAUCAAAUCUUAUUCAUCAAUCAUAAAGAUGUUUCAAACCAGACCCAUUUACAGGUUGUAAAUAUGAUACGUGCUACAAGUGAACAAAAUUAUGGUACACUUGAGCUUUUAGUUAAACCAAGUGAUUAUGUUACAGAUGAUGUAAAUGAUGACAAUCCUAUCCCAGACUCUGGAGAUGCUCCUCCAGUUCCACCUAGAUCUUAUAACUCAUCUAUCCGUCGACCAACACUUUCUUUAGAGAAAUUUGCAAGAAAUUCAAAACGUUUAACACGUUUUUCACUUAAAUCAUCAUCAUCAUCUAAUAAUGCAAUGGAUCGAGAUCAUAACAAUAGUACCGUUCAUAGAUAUUCUUUUUCUGGUUCCACAUUAUUAGAUUCAAUGAUAGAAUUAGAAAGUCAUUUAGCUGAUGGAUCAUUGUUAAAUCAAUUCGAACAUCUGCCUAGAAGAAAAUCUGGUCUCACAAUGAAUGUGUCUCGUUUAAGCGAGAAUUCAAUAAAAAAUCGUUAUCGUGAUAUUUCACCAUAUGAUCAAACUCGUGUCAUAUUAAAACAAGGAUCUGGAGAUUAUAUCAAUGCUAGUUUUGUAAAUAUGGAAUUUCCAAAAUGUGGAGUAAAUCUUCGUUAUAUUGCAGCUCAAGGCCCAUUACCAAAUACUUAUGGUGAUUUUUGGCAAAUGUGCUGGGAACAACAAGUUUGUUUAAUCGUUAUGUUGACAGCUAUAAGUGAACGUGGUCGAGCAAAGUGUCAUCAGUAUUGGCCAGAUCUCAAUCAUACAGUAAACUUUUCCGUUUCUUCAAGUCCCAGGAUUUCCCAGUCCCGUAGUUCAACAGAUCUACAGUUAAAAACUGUACGAGAGGAGAUCAUUACUGAUAUUGCUUAUCGGGAAUUCGAUAUUAGUCAAAUUCCUUCACAUCGUGCCUCUUUGCAAUCAGUGUUAAGGAAACAAACAGAAACACGUCGUAUUUCACAACUUCAAUAUAUUAGUUGGCCAGAUCAUGGUGUACCAAAUGAUACUGAUCAACUUAUAUCAUUUGUAGAACAAGUUCAACGAAUUCGUGGCAAAAAUCAAACACCAAUAGUUGUACAUUGUUCUGCCGGUAUUGGUCGAACUGGUGUACUAAUUGCUAUUGAAACAUCAAUUAAUUUAAUGGAAUGUAAUUAUCCAGUUAAACCUUUAGAGUUAGUUCAACGAAUGCGUGAACACAGAGCUAUGCUUAUUCAAACCACUGGUCAAUUUCAAUUUGUAUGUGAAACUAUUCUCAAGGUCUUUCAUCGCAACCAUGCUGAAAAUUUGCUCAAGGAUUCUACUGCUAUAACAGGCCAAUCUUGAUAAAUUAUUUGUAGAAAACAAAAAUAAUUUCAAUCAAUUCAAACAAUGAAAUGAGAAAUUUUCUACACAUCAACAUUUGAAAAUCCCAUCAUUGAUAUCUAUUCUCACUUAAAAUAUUCAAUUGUCUAUAACUACUUGUUAAUACUGUAUAUUAUUAUCAGUAAUCUUUAGUUUUAAUUAUUUGUUCAGAAGACAAAUGGUUUCUUUGUCUGUUUCCAACUUUUAUCAUAUAUAUAUAUAUAUAUAUAU